AUGGCGGGGCUGGAGAAAAGAAACGACAGCUCAACAAAGCUGCAGAGGGUAAAUAAAGAAACACGCUGCGACCACAUUCAGUACAGUUCAGCAGAGGGGAGGUCAGCAUGGUCGCCUCCCCGUCUCGCCGCCUCCCCGUAUCGCCGCCUCCCCGUCUCGCCGCCUCCACGUAUCCCCGCCUCCACGUAUCGCCGCCUCCACGCAUCGCCACCUCUACUUAUCGCCGCUUCCACGUAUCGCCGCUUCCACGUAUCGCCGCCUCCACGUAUCUCCGCCUCCACGUAUCGCCGCCUCCCCGUAUCGCCGCCUCCACGUCUUGCCGCCUCCACGUCUCGCCGCCUCCCCGCCUCCCCGCCUCACCGCCUCCCCGUCUCGCCGCCUCCCCGUCUCGCCGCCUCCCCGUCUCGCCGCCUCCCCGUCUCGCCGCCUCCACGUCUCGCCGCCUCCACGUAUCGCCGCCUCCCCGUAUCGCCGCCUCCACGUCUCGCCGCCUCCACGUCUCGCCGCCUCCCCGCCUCCCCGCCUCACCGCCUCCCCGUCUCGCCGCCUCCCCGUCUCGCCGCCUCCCCGUCUCGCCGCCUCCACGUAUCGCCGCCUCCCCGUAUCGCCGCCUCCACGUCUCGCCGCCUCCACGUCUCGCCGCCUCCCCGCCUCACCGCCUCGCCGCCUCACCGCCUCGCCGCCUCCACGUCUCGCCGCCUCCCCGUCACGCCGCCUCCCCGUCUCGCCGCCUCCCCGUCUCGCCGCCUCCCCGUCACGCCGCCUCCACGUCUCGCCGCCUCCCCGUCUCGCCGCCUCCACGUAAAGCCGCCUCCAUGUAUCGCCGCCUCCCCGUAUUGCCGCCUCCACGUCUCGCCGCCUCCCCGUCUCGCCGCCUCCCCGUCUCGCCGCCUCCCCGUCUCGCCGCCUCCACGUAUCGCCGCCUCCACGUAUCGCCGCCUCCACGUAUCGCCGCCUCCACGUAUCGCCGCCUCCACGUAUCGCCGCUUCCCCGUCUCGUCGCUUCUCCGUCUCGUCGCAUCAACUUCCCUGCAGUGCACCGAGCUACAGAGUCCUCAGUUCCAAUCAAGCUACUGUAACAAUAGAACACCAUGUAUAAACAUCCUCUUGAUUCAGAUGGCACAUCAAACUCUGUGUCCCCUUAUAAGUGGCUGGAAGCACCUGUAUUCAGGCCAGAGGGAGAGCGAGGCAUUUCCACCUUGA